AUGGGCCAUCCACAGAAACAAGCCCUUGGCGAUAUCAGUCACGAGAGCGAAGUCCCUCCACAGAGCCAGCUUCCUCCCUUCACAGCCGUUGCUCCUCGCUCAAGACCUUCCAAUCUCCAAGUCACUCACGCCAACGCUCCACCUUGCCAGUCAAUAAAGCCACAUUGCGCACUUCGUGACUAUGAAAUUGUGGCCAACGUCUUGUCAUACCUCAAGAACGAACCCAAGGACCUUGCCGGAGUAUUCAGAACCUGCUCGCUCUUCUUCCAGGCUGGAGCUCGCAUUCUCUGGGAAGAAGCACAGCCUCGUGACUUGUUGUGCAUUCAGGAUCUUCGACGUCGACUCGAGUUUGCCCAAUUUCUCAAGAGUCUCACGCUUUGGAACCGUAACCAAAUUUGCGCGACUGAAGGAAUAAUCGACUCUACUUCGUGGCGCCUCGAGGCACUGGCGGUCUACAACUCUGGCAGCAGUGCUUUACACAGCAGCCUGAUCAUCCCCUACCUGAGCUCGAGCUUGCAAAAGCUCACAGUUGAUGAUGGCGCUUUGAGUCUCGGAGAACGUCAGCAUCAUUUCCUCGACCAGGAUUGCCUUGGGCACAUCACAGCCACUUGUCACAUGUUGUCUGCUCUCGACCUUGAUGUUGUACUUGAUGUCACCUCCCGUCAGCUAUCUCAAUUCUUCCAGAGCAUGCCGCAUCUCAGAACCUUACGUCUUGGCAACUAUUUGGAGACGGUCCUGGAUCAUGCUGCGAUGUCUGCUGUAUUCACUAUGCCUAACCUCAAAAGACUCGAACUCAAGCCCUUAAUCAGUCAUCAACUCGCGGAAGGACUCAUCAACACCACCGAAGCUCAACAGAUCCUUCCCAGCGUCAGAUUCUUGGAGAUAUAUCUUACAGAAGGCGAUAGCUCUGCGCCUGGCGACCUGCUGCGCACUUUGACGACAGUCGAAAGUUUGACCAUCACUGUUCACAAUGCUAGCGAGUGGCCUUCAAUGCUGCAUCCAAACCUCUGCGACGGCAUUAGUAAUCUGUUGAGCCUGAAAUGCUUGAACAUACAUCUGGACCGCGGAGUGGACAUGAUUGACCAGGAUCUGGCCGCCCUAUAUCCCCUGGAGAACCUCACCGAGCUCGGUCUAUGGCCGCUGCAUGCCGACGGUGAUUCGGACCAGGACGCCAACAAUCUGCAUGUCUCCACUUCUCACUUUAGAGACGCACUGUACGUUCUUGAGUUGAUCAAGUCAGCCACCGUCGACCUUGUCUGGACCGGCAUCCUUGCUCCUGACGAGAGUAAAGAACUCCAUGAGCGCGGUGCCGCCUUUUCUCGCUACUGGACCUUGCAAUCAAACAUCAUCAGCGACGAGGAUGCUGGCGUCUGUGACGACCAUGAAGAUCUCAAAGCGAGCGAGGUGACUCAUGACGACGUUUGGAAGGGCAGUCAGAAGGCUUUCUCGCCUGAUCCAGUCCCUUGGGUUGACCGUGACUUAAACAUCUUCACCGACAAGCAAGGCCACAUCCUCCCUAUCGAGGAGAUUGUGUCAGACGGCAGCUUCAACUUUCUCAGCUGA